AUGAAAGUUGAAAUCAAUGAAAUUAUUUUGAGUAGAGCAUUGGGCUUAUACGGUCAAAUUUUGAUCACAGUUCAGAUUGAAUCAUUGAGCUCAUUGUUGUAUUGCGGUAAUCGCCAUUCUGCAUUUUGUCCACCAUCUAAUUCUCCACAGACAACUCAUUGUUUUGAGCAGACGGGUAGACCACAUCUGUGUAUAGAUUUGAACGUCUACAUCAUGCAACUCUUCAUUCUCAGUCUUCUCGUGUGUAUCCACACAUUACUCGUUCAAUCCAAUGCCAACAAGACAUACAUGCUCCAUUUACGUUGGCUUCCAACACACUGUCUCAACAGAUAUUGUACUGUCCCGAAGAAUAUAACUAUGGAUAUUUCGAAACUGACAGCAUCACCUCAAUUUGACUGGAUGAAUAUCACAUGUUUAAAAGGUCACAGCUUCUCGGCGCUGGAUUUUAAUCAAAUACCUGAUCUGAAUACUUACUGGACUGAUCCAUUUCAUGAUACUUUCACACACUUCUUGGUGUACUAUAAAUAUGGAGCUUGUACAGUUAUGGGUGAAUCUGGACCCAGUCCAAUUCUCUACUUCAAUCACGGCAUUAAUCUCUACAAAAAGCUGAUGACGCCAAAAAACGUUAAAAAGCUCCAUAACAUAUUAGAGAAGAAGGUUCACUGGACUGCAAAAGUGGAAGGCAAACUGUUGAAAACAUUCGGUGUGCUGCCCAAGCUGAUCUGUGCACAGAGUGAGGCUGGAAGUGUUUACUUACACGAAUUGGUAUUCUGUUUCAAUGAAGCGUCAUCACUCGUCAACUGUCCAUCAGAAUACCCUAGCCAUCUAGAUUUAUUUGAUCCUGAUGUUGAUGUGGAAGAUGAGGAUUUACUUAAAGGGGAAAUUGAGUCUCAAGUCUUGUGUCCAGCCACGUUCAUCAUUCCUGAUUACAAAAUACUUGGAGACGCCAAAGAUGAGAAAUAUUCCGCCAAGUUCAAUCCUAAUGGGAUUGAUGAAGAUGACGAUGAUUAUGUUAUCAGUUAUUAUGAUGAAGAUGGUGAUAAUGAAGAUGGUCAUGAUGAAGACGGUCAUGAUGAAGACGGUCAUGAUAAAGAUGGUCAUGACGAAGAUGGUGAGGAUGAAUAUGGCCAUGAUGAAGAUGAUAAUGAAGAUAACCAUUAUUAUAAGUAG